UUCCUUGUGUAGCGGUGGGAAGCGUGGAAUCGGGGGUAGCAACGUUGCUGGAAGAAGAUGGAGGGUCUCCAGCCCACCACCUGCUCUCAUGCUGCGUCCCCAGACUGGGAUCCACAAACCAAGCGCACAAUCACUGCUCUGCAGUAGCAGCCAGGGACCCCACUCAAUGAUCAAGCAGACGGCAACUGUACUACCAACGGAAAAGAAAAGCUGCUUUGGAAAAAUAUAUACACACACACGCACGCAAGGACCUGCUUGCGCUCACUGGUGGCUGGGUUGCCACCGAUACAGCAUGUGAAGAGAUCCACGUUGGAGCCCUGUGAGACCGCUCAGACCACAACGGCCUCACCAUGAACCCCAUGGCGCAGCUGUACUACAAGAAGGCGAGCUACUCGCCGUACCGCGACCGCAUCCCGCUACAGAUUGUGCGCGCCGAGGCCGAGCUGUCGCCGGCCGAGCGCGCCUACCUGACGGCGGUGGAGAAGGGUGACUACGCCGGCGUCAAGCACGCGCUGGAGGAGGCCGAGAUCUACUACAACAUCAACGUCAACUGCCUGGACCCUCUGGGGCGCAGCGCGCUGCUCAUCGCCAUCGAGAACGAGAACCUGGAGGUGAUGGAGCUGCUGCUGAGCCACGGCGUGCACGUGGGCGACGCACUCCUCUACGCCAUACGCAAGGAGGUGGUCGGCGCCGUCGAGCUGCUGCUCUCCUACCGGCGGCCCAGCGGCGAGAAACAGGUGCCCUCCAUGAUGAUGGACACGCAGUUCUCCGAGUUCACGCCGGACAUCACACCCAUCAUGCUGGCGGCGCACACCAACAACUACGAGAUCAUCAAGCUGCUUGUGCAGCGCAAGGUGACGGUGCCGCGGCCGCACCAGAUCCGCUGCGACUGUGUGGAGUGCGUGUCCAGCUCGGAGGUGGACAGCCUGCGCCACUCGCGCUCGCGCCUCAACAUCUACAAGACUCUGGCGUCGCCGUCGCUCAUCGCGCUCUCCAGCGAGGAUCCCAUCCUCACCGCCUUCCGCCUGGGAUGGGAGCUUAAGGAGCUCAGCAAGGUGGAGAACGAGUUCCGGCAGGAGUACGAGGAGCUCUCGCACCAGUGCAAGCUCUUCGCCAAGGACCUGCUGGACCAGGCACGCAGCUCGCGCGAGCUGGAGAUCAUCCUCAACCACCGCGACGACCACAGCGAGGAGCUGGACCCACGGGAGUGCCGAGACCUGGCCAAGCUCAAGCUGGCCAUCAAGUACCACCAGAAGGAGUUUGUGGCUCAGCCCAACUGCCAGCAGCUGCUGGCCACCCUGUGGUACGACAGCUUCCCGGGCUGGCGCCGCCGCCACUGGGUGGUCAAGCUGGUCACCUGCUUCGUCAUCGGGCUCCUGUUCCCCGUCUUCUCCCUGGUCUACCUGCUGGCGCCCAAGAGCGCCCUGGGCCUCUUCAUCAAGAAGCCCUUCAUCAAGUUCAUCUGCCACACCGCAUCCUACCUCACCUUCCUCUUCCUCCUGCUGCUCGCCUCGCAGCACAUCGUUCGCACCGACCUGCACGUGCAGGGCCCGCCGCCCACCGUGGUGGAGUGGAUGAUCCUGCCCUGGGUGCUGGGCUUCAUCUGGGCCGAGAUUAAAGAGAUGUGGGAUGGUGGCUUCACGGAAUACGUCCACGAUUGGUGGAACCUCAUGGAUUUUGCCAUGAAUUCACUCUACUUAGCCACCAUAUCUCUGAAAAUGGUCGCUUACUUCAAGUACAACAGCUCUCGCCCACGUGAGGAGUGGGAGAUGUGGCACCCGACACUCAUCGCCGAGGCCCUGUUCGCCAUCGCCAACAUCUUCAGCUCGCUGCGCCUCAUCUCACUCUUCACUGCCAACUCGCACCUGGGCCCGCUGCAGAUCUCGCUCGGGCGCAUGCUGCUGGACAUCCUCAAGUUCCUCUUCAUCUACUGCCUCGUCCUGCUGGCCUUCGCCAACGGCCUCAACCAGCUCUACUUCUACUACGAGACGCAGGCGUCCGACGAGCCCAACAACUGCAAGGGCAUCCGCUGUGAGAAGCAGAACAAUGCCUUCUCCACGUUGUUUGAAACUCUACAGUCACUUUUCUGGUCAGUGUUUGGGCUCCUCAACCUGUAUGUCACCAACGUUAAGGCACGACACGAGUUCACGGAGUUUGUAGGUGCAACCAUGUUUGGCACUUACAAUGUCAUCUCCCUGGUGGUGUUACUCAACAUGCUCAUUGCCAUGAUGAACAACUCAUACCAGCUCAUAGCGGACCAUGCUGACAUCGAGUGGAAGUUCGCUCGAACGAAGCUGUGGAUGAGCUACUUUGACGAGGGGGCCACGCUGCCUCCCCCCUUUAACAUCGUCCCCAGCCCAAAGUCGGUGUGGUACCUGUGCGUGUGGGUGCACAGCCGGCUGUGUGCGAAGGGACAACCCAACCCGGAGGAGCAGAAGAAACACGGCAACUUCAAGGAGAUAACGGAGCGUCAUGCUGACAACCUCAUUCAGAAUCAGCAUUAUCAGGAAGUAAUUAGGAACUUGGUGAAGAGGUAUGUUGCUGCAAUGAUCCGCAGUGCAAAGACUGAUGAAGGCCUGACAGAGGAAAACUUCAAAGAGCUGAAGCAGGACAUCUCCAGCUUUCGCUACGAGGUGCUGGACCUGCUGGGCAACCGCAAGCCACCCCGUCGCACCUACUCGUCCAGCAGCGACGCCACACAGCAGGAUGAGGACCCCACCGACGACCUUAAAGCCAAAAGCCCCAAGGGCGUAUCCUUCAGCCUCUCCUCGUCGUCCGACAAACGCUCCCGGGACUCAGAGUUUGGCGUGUCGGCGCUCUUCCACUCCAUGUCGGGCACGACGGAGGGCUCAGCCAUGGAGGGUCCAGCGACAGAGGACGACAACGACAGCGCGCCGGACAACGACAAGAAACCAAAGAGCAACGGCCUGCGCAAGUUCACGUGCUCGUCCUCGUUCAUACGCAACGGCGGACGCCUGCAGCGCUUCUCGCGCUCCAAGAAGGACUCGCUGCGGCGCCUGGGCCUGCUCUUCUCCCGCAUGAACGGCCACCUGCCCGAGCCCGCCAGCUCCUCGCGCUCCGCCUACAGCAUCUCGGACGGCGUGGACCUCCGCAUGGCAGCCGAGCCCCUGCAGGUCACGCGCAGCGAGAUGCAUCUCCACCGGCUGGCGGGGCUCGGGCUGGACGAGAUGGUGGGGGCGCACGCCGACGCGCAUCACAACACGUCCCAGCAGCAACGGCACCACCGACAGCAGCUAGAGCAGCAGCAGCAGCAGCAGCAGAGGCAGUCCAACGGGCGGGACGGCACCCUGCUCCUGCGGCCGCCGUCGGCGGGGCAGCCCCUGGCCCUGGGGCCCCUGCACUGUGCUUCCACUAUCACGGCGUCCAGCUCGCGCCUGCUCAGCUCCAGCGAGGACAUGUACGAGGGCUGGGUGGGGCCUUGCGACAGCCUGGGGUCCAUCAGCUGGACAGGGGACCAGGAGGAGUCGGUCACCACCCAGCUCUGAGACCUUGAUUUGGCAGAGUGACUUCAUCAUUUUUUUACUGCAUAAAAAGCAUGGGCAUGCACUCUUAAGUCCAGGACGAAAACAGAGAAACUCUUGGCUUGGCAAGCCACGGCGACACAACAGGGACAUCACUAUACUCCUAUAAGAGGUGUUCAGUAGCCCAGAAAAAAAAAAAAAAACUUUACUGGUUGUGAACAGGAGAAACUGAGAGAAACACAUUUACUCUACCUGCAAGAUAUUACUGGCAAAUAAUUAGACUUAACAUACUGUAUUUAUUGGAAAAAGCAAGCUUAGUUUAUGGCAAUACGAUAUAGGUGCAUAUUCUGAACUCAUUGCAUUUUUAUUUUUAUUUGUAUUUUUGUCACUUCAGUGCAAAUUCUGUCAUGUCCAGCUUCAGCUGAUUGAGAUGUUGAGUGUCAGAGAGUGAAUGAGUCUGGAAGUGCAUUCUCCCUUUGACUGUGCCAAAGCUUCACAUUUAAUGUCUAAUCCAGCAUGGCACCAUUCAUAAAGCUAUCACAUCCAUUAGUUUGUGCAAUGUCUGCUUUUCUUUUCAUUUUAACUGACAAGCUUGUGACUAACUAUGGCAACCAUGUUGACUAGGUGAGGAUUGAAGUACAGCUUAGACAGCUAGAAUAUUCCGUUUUGGAUUCCGUGGGUACAAAUGACCACUGAGACUGUGUGAAGAAAGCUGCCUCAUAGUCCAGACAAAGUAACUCAUUUUGGAGGCAAAAAUAGCAUAGAUUAUUUCUAUGAGGUGUUCAGAACAACAUACUAAAAGUCCUAUAGGAAAUCCUAGUUGAGGAAAUAUGUUUAAUUCUCAUCAAUCCAAGAUUUUUUUCCUUUACUCCUACCACAAUAAAACUUUACACAAUGAAAGUCUACAUGAAAAGUAAAAUAUUUUGUAUUAGAAGUUUGUUUGAAAAUGUAUUUGAAUAUGUAAAUGAGCAAUAUACUAAUCGCAUAUGCCCAAAAUACACCCUAAUGGGCUUAUUUUUUCCUUUACUCCUGUCACAAUCAAACCUCACACAGUGAAAGUAUACAUGAAAAGUAACAUUUUUUAAGUUUUUUGGAAAAAUCAAUUUUAAAUAUGCAAAUGAGCUCAACACUAGGCGUAACUGACUUAUGGCCAAGAAGCCAUAAAGUCACAAGUAGAAAAAAACAGGGACCAAAUAACUAACAUAUUUUUGUCCAUUCAGUAAGUUAACGUAUGCAUAAACACGAUAAAUUUGAAGUCACUUGCCACACUUACCACCUGGGUCACUUGCCACAAAAAGACUUAUAUUGACCUUAAGAAUUGAUUGCACAAUCUUGCCUCUAGUUGCUUUCUAAAUUCUUUUUUUUUUAUUAUUAUUAUUUGUGAACAAGCCUUACCUAAUGACAUUCCCCCACAGAUAACAUCAGAAGAAAGUCAGAAUAGCCAUCUUAGUCAUUACAAACUCACAGUUGCCUGAUUUAUCAGAUGAAUAUGACCCAGAGGGGAAGAACUAAGCUAAGAACAAACCAGGAACUGAGGGGGUGCCAGAACCAAGAGCCACAGAGAAGGGCUCCAGGAUCCAAGCUGGAUUUUUAAAACAUUAGAAACAAAAAAAAAAAAGAAGAAAACUCCCCUGUUGUUGGUACCUUGUCGUGGUGGGGAGGCUUGUGUGUGUGCCUCUGUGACCCUGACGACUAUACCGGCGGGGGUUGUACAUAUGAAUGGUGUGGACCCAUGUGCAUAUUCAAAUUCAUUUCAAAAGAAACUUGUGAUGCAAAAACAGUUACUUUUCAUAUAUACUUUUACUAUGUAAAGUGUUAUUGUGGUAAGAGUAAAGGAAAAAUUAGGCCUAUUUGGGUGUAUUUCGGGCAUAUUCGAUUAGUGUAUAGCUCCUUUGCAUAUUAAAAUAAAUUUUCAAAGAAACUUGUAAUAAAAAAACGUUUACUUUUUUAAUGGGUACUUUCAAGUUUAAUUUUGAUAGGAGUAAAAUAAAAAAAGUAGCCCCAUUGGGGGUGUAUUGUUGCCUGGCCUUCUUGGCACACAUCUCGGAUUGAUGAGAAUUUAACAUAUUUCCUCAACUAGGAUUUCUUAGGACUUUUAGUAUGUUGUUCUGGACACAUCAUAUAAAUUAUCUAAGCUGCAAAAAAUUAUUUUGCAAUUAGUCUGUCGUAAAACGCUACUUUGCCUGUACUAUCAGGGAAGAUUAUACUGAGAUGUUUUUAGUUGUACUGUCAUCAGGCAAUGCAGGUGAUAAGAAUAAUAUCCACAUCCGCAUACAUUAUAUCUUGUCUUGCAUUGUGUUAGAAAGACCUGAAUGAAAAAAACUUCUACCCUUAAAAUAGCAUCUAAACUCUUCCCUAUACAAACUAUCAUUGAGUUAACAUGUUUACCGUUAUAAAUAAUUGGGGUUUACUAAUUUAUUUUGGAAAGUGAAAAAAUUACCAUUAUGUUUUAUAAUAAAAUUUUAUUUUUCUAUAUUUUUUCCUGCGAUGAUGACCAUGAUUUUUGUUAUACACCAAAAAGCAUGGUAUUCCUCAGUUUAUGAAUGAGUUGGGAAUUUUAUACCUUGUUUUAGCUUGAGACUGAAAUUUUAAUUUUUAUGGCAUCCAUUUUGUUUCAGAUCAAUGUGACAUUUGUCUCUUGAAUUAAAUAAUAAAUCAGUAUCAUAUUGUAAUCAUCAUAUGUAAUCAUAUUGAGAAUCUGAUAUUAUCUACUUUAUCAAGAGUCCUUCCCUUCUGGUGUGCAUUUCCCAGAGACCAUGAAACCAUUCAUGUUUUUUUAGCUGAAGGCAUACAGUUAAGAACAAAAUACCCCUUUCAUUCAUACUCCUGGCAAAUAUUGAUG